AGUGCAACUGCUCCAUCACAAUAAAUAAUAUUUUUUUUAUAAAAAAAAAAAAGAACACAUUUCCAUGCCCAAUACGUACACAAAUCUCACACCAUCAACAACACAAUUCUUCCAACCACAAAAUGAAACUUCAAAAUCUCAUCACACUUAUAAUUAUUCUUGUUUCCAACAUUUUCACUUGCGUUCAAUCCCAGACAAGUGAUCAAACCUCAUGGGCCAAGCGCAACGAAACCGGAAAGGAAGUGAUCACAACCCUGCAAUUCUACUUCCACGACGUAGUUAGCGGCCCGAACGCCACAGCUACUCGGAUCGCCCAGGCUGCCGAAACCAACGCCUCGUCCACCCAGUUUGGUGGUCUAUGGAUGAUCGAUGACCCAUUGACCGAAGGGCCCGAACCAUCGUCCAAGCUCAUCGGGCGGGCCCGGGGCCUAUAUGGGUCGGCCGGGCAGACCGACCUUGGGCUUAUCAUGGCCCUUAGCUAUGUCUUUACUGAUGGCUUCUAUGAUGGCAGCUCGUUUAGCCUUCUUAGUUUCAACCCGGUUAUGAAAUCGGGCCGGGAGAUGGCCGUGGUCGGAGGCACCGGGCUCUUUCGGCUUGCCCCGGGAUACGCGAUUGCGAAUACAUACCAAGCUAAUGCUAGUGGAGAUGCUAUUGUUGGAUACAAUGUUACUAUUGUUACUUAUGUUUGAGAGUUGAUGAUGUGAUGUUGUAUCGUAAUGGUUAUUACAUGUACUUGUUUCGUAUUAUUCUUUUUUAUGAGAAGAUAUGUCUAUCUACUAUUGGAAUCUUAAUUACAACUAUGAAAAAUUCCGAUCU